CUCAAAAAAUUGACAAUAGGAGAUUGCAAGGACGUUGAUUUAGAGGGCAUGCAAUGGGAACCCCAUGGUUGGUGAUUGGUAAUAUUCCAAAGCUGCUGUCUCUUCCCCUUGGGCUUCAACAUCUCUUUUUCAAAUGAAAACAUUAGGAAUUCAUGAAUGCCAUGGAUUAAGGUCACUCUUCCCUGUGUUCCAACAUCUCAUUUUCCUUGAACAGUUUUCAUUAAGUAACUGGAGUUUUCUGCACCUAAGUUCCAAAUAUUCCAAGAUCAUACAAGCCUGCGCUCUCUAACGCUGGCAAAGAUUCCAAAUUGUCGCCAACUUCCGGAGUGGAUUCAACAUCAAACAAAUCUGCCAAGGCUUAUUCUCUCUGAUUUAACAUCGCUUCCGGACGAGAACCAGUUUGGAAGAGUUCUUUAUGAAACGACUUCCCCAGUUGGAGGAAAGAUGUCGGAAGGACAUUGGUGCCGGUUGGCAUAAGAUUGCUCAUAUUGCUACAGUAUGUAACCAUCGAAGACUUUUAGUGAAACGAAUUUGGCAAAUUCAUGAAUCUAAAUGCAGGAAAAAAAAUUGCUUAUUCCCAAUACCAACAAGGAAUGACAGGCUUCUACUUUUUAAGCAUGAGUUCAAUGGAAGAGCCAAAAAGCAGGACAUGCAUUCUUCAUCAGCUGAUCUGUCCAUGGUUCACUGUUGCUUUUGGAAGAGUCGUUGUUCAAGCAUGACAAUUGCCAGAAAUAUUGUAUUUGAAAAUUUAUUAUUCCACUUUAUAUGGAGCUUAUUAAGAGUUUGAUUUAUUUUAUCGGUGAUGUGUGAAUUUAAAGAAGCAUACAUGUUCAUAGAAGGAACUAUUAUUGAGUGACAUUGUUAUAAAUGUCGAAUGUUGAUUGUCACUUGCAUAGCUAAAAUGAGUUGGGAGAGAAUUUAUUUAAUUGUGCAAAAGUGAGAUUGCAUCAAGUGUUUGAGGGGUUAAGCUUUAAAUUAUAUCUUUGUACUAUGAAGUUCAUAGUGUAUUUAUCUUUGGGCAAAACCCCGCAGAUGUAGGACAAGUUCCGAGCUGCAUAAACAUCUUGAUUGUACUCUCUAUUUUCUUUAUUGCAUAAUACGUGUAAAUUCAGGAAAAA